GCCUCGUGCCCGUGGAUGUGAUCUGGCGGAGCGCGUCACCCGGUAGUGGCCAGUUGGUGUCUGCCUGUGGUCGGGGAGGCAGCAGCAACCAGAGGAGGCAAGAAGCCCUGCGGAACCCCACAGCCCAUCCUACAUCUGUCUGGGCAACGCUGCAGCAACAUGGGGCAGGAUGAGAACAAGCAUCGGGGGAACUGGGCCUCCAGCAAGGACUACUUCCUCUCCCUGGCCGGGUACGCCGUGGGCCUGGGCAACAUGUGGCGCUUCCCGUACCUCUGCUACAGGAAUGGUGGAGGAGCCUUCCUCAUCCCCUACCUAAUAAUGGUGUCCCUGGUCGGGGUGCCGCUAUUCUUCCUCGAGUCUUCGGUGGGGCAGUUCACCUCCUCCGGUCUCCUCACUCUUUACAGUGUGGCGCCCAUGUUCAGAGGUGUGGGAUACGCCAAGAUGCUGGUCAACCUGCUAGCCAGCGGGUACUACGGCAUGGUGGUGGCUUACCCGCUGGUAUUCCUCGUCUACUCCUUCGCCACCACCGUGCCCUGGUCCUCCUGCGACAACUACUGGAACACUGCGCACUGCUUCAUCCCUGGGGAGAGCGAGGAGUCCAGGCUCACCCUCCUCGACAAGCUCAACGCCUCCAACCUCAUGCAGGGCGAUGACAACCUCGUCUUCCCCGCCGACGAGUUCUUUCACUACAAGAUCCUGGGGUUGUCUGAGGGCAUCCACGAGCCUGGCGCCCUGGUGUGGUCCCUGGUGGGUGCCUCUGCCAUCGUGUGGGGCGUCACCUUCCUCUCUAUCUUCAAGGGCGUCAAGGUCCUGGGGAAGGUGGUGUGGUUCACGGCGACCUUCCCACUGCUGAUGCUGGUGGUGCUGUUUCUGAGAGGCGUCACGCUACCCGGUGCUAUCAAUGGCAUCUCUUACUACAUCGUGCCGAAUUUCUCCAAACUAGGGGAGCCCAUGGUGUGGUGCGACGCCGCCGUGCAGGUGUUCUUCUCUCUUGGCACAGGCUGGGGCACCGUGCCCACCAUGGCUUCCUUCAACAGGUUCAAGAACAACUGUCUCCGCGACGCUCUUCUCGUGCCCUUGGUCAACAGUUUUGCCUCCAUCUUCGCCGGGUUCGUUGUGUUCUCCGUCCUCGGCUUCCUCUCGAUGGCAAUGGGAGUCUCCGUGGAAGAUGUGACGACAGCAGGACCCGCCUUGGCCUUCGUCACCUAUCCUCAGGCUCUGGCCCUCCUGCCUCUGCCAUCCAUGUGGUCCGUUCUCUUUUUCCUGAUGCUCUUCUUCCUCGGCAUCGACUCUGCAUUCGUGCAGAUGGAGGCCACAGUAGUGUCUAUCAUUGACGCCUUCCCGAACCUGCGGCCGCGGCGGGGAUGGGUCAGCCUGAGUGUGUGUGCCUCCAUCUUCGUUACCUCCCUCGCGUGCUGCACACAGGGAGGAUUCUACGUGCUCCAGCUCCUCGACCGCUACUCCGUUUCCCUGAGUCUCCUUACGGCUGCCAUCUGUGAGCUGGCCGUGUUUAGCUACGUCUACGGCAGCGGGCGGCUGAUUCGUGACUUCGAGAUGAUGUUGGGUCGAAAACUGAGCGUCUUCUGGUACUGCAUGUGGGUGGUGGUGACGCCUCUUAUCCUGGUGAGCAUCUUCGGGUCAGCAGUGAGCGUGGAUAGCGAACUGGUGUACAAAGGCUACUUCUACCCAGCAUGGACGCAAGUGGUCGGCUGGGGCACUGCUGUGAUUCCCCUGCUAGCCAUUCCCACCUACGCUAUCUACUACCUGCUCACGACGAAGGGCUCAUUCUUCCAGCGGGUGUGGUCUGGAGUGAACCCGAGCCUGGUGUGGGGUCCCGCCCUGGAGCACCACAGGGAGGAGUGGAUAGAUUACUGUGCCUGCAACCCGCUUCUUCAUCGUUACUUCCACCGAGACUUUGACUGCCGCCACAAGCAGACCGUAGCGGUGGUUAACUCGGGGGAACUUAGCCCCAUGGAGACUAAGAGUGUAUAAAGCCCUGUGUCUUAGUCCUUCUUUUACCGUUUAUUAAAGACAUUUCAUGGUCCCAACACAAAAGGUGUGUGAUGGUGGGCUUCAAGUGGGCAACGUGCUAGCGACACACUGCGUCACUCAAAGGUUCUGUGGAUCAGAGAAUAAUGAGGCCGAAACGUUAAUUAACAUCCAACGCUUCAUUUUGUGACUCUUGGAACACGAUGCUCACCAUUAUUUCCAUUUGAAGAGAUCACUUAUUACAUUUCCACCCUCCAUUCUUCCCCUCAUCCUGCUUUCCUGUCUCUCAUCAUCACGCCCAAGACAGUUCACUGGAAGAUUUCUUUACCUCUAUUUCAUAUCACUAUAAAUCUGUUGAAACUGCUGCUUCGUCCAAGCGCCCCAUCAAGCGUGGCGCCGCCCCUUCGUAGUCCAGAGAUGGAUGGAUGAGUCUUCAGGUAGUUGGCGAAGUCUUAAGUAGCAGUGCAAAUGUAUCAUUAAAAUCAAGCAAAUAUUUAUUUCAGAACUAUGAGAGAUUUUCACAAGAAUACGGAAUGUAGCUCUUAUGUUCAUGUAUGAGGUGACUCUAGCUUAGGGCAACGAAAAGGCUGAAAAAAAAAGGCCCACUAAAGGUGCCAGUGCCCAAAGUGUGUGGUCAAAAGGAUUAUCAAAAUCUGAGAAAUAACUUGCUUGAAGUGGAGCAACUUUGAAAUGCUAAGCAGCGCACAAACGAAGAGGGAAUAAGUAACAGUACAAACAGUAGGACGACGCUCCGGAACGCAGCGGGAUGGCCAGAAGGUGAAGCUGUAAAUAUUAUGUAGGUCCAAAAGUCAUGUCUUGUACUUUAAUUAAUGAUAACUGUGGAAGUGUCUACGUCAGCCCUCCCCUCGUCGCCCCGCCGCUCCGCCCAUGUAAAACAAGUUACCUGCUGAUUACGUGCCCAAAUUUUGAUGUAACCAGCAAGACUGAUAUCAAUAAAAGUCGAUUCACCCAUCAGAGUAAAA